GCGUGAGCGGCCACUGGAAUUUGCAUCAGAACUUACAGUGUAGGAAGGACUCUUCGGGAGAGAAGACGACAAUCGCUAUGCUUAUGGAGCAGUCAUCGGCAGUAGAUCUCGACUGGCUUCUUCAAUCGCAUGGGGAAAUUAUUUCCGAUGAGAACUCCCCUGAUCGCCACUACCGCACGGUCGACGAAAUCCUCCUCAACUACUCUUCCUCCUCUCCUUCUCCUCCUUCUUCCCCCUCCACUUCCUACUCUGCUCACCAGCACUCGCGUCUAAUCCUGAAAGACGACGAAUACGUUUCAACUGGUGUUCGUAGUUCUAGAAACCAGAGAUGGCCGCAUUCACACUCGAGUGCGUUAGUUGAGUCCGAUAAGUACAGUUCAGCUGCUGGUCCUGCCAGCAAUAACAAUAGAACUAAGUCAAUGGGUAGGGUGUUGCCGCAAUUAUUCGGUACGGGGGCGAUCCGAUCCAAUGCUAAGCCGGGGGCUGCGCUGGCUGCAGCGGCCGCCCCCNCUCGGUCAAUUACAACGCCCCACGCCACCGCCAUCAAAUUAAGAAGAGCUACCACCGGUGUUCUUAAGAAGUCGGUCUCUGAAACUACAGAAAAAAUUGCCGCUAGUGAUGAUUCGUCAUUGUCGCCAUCAGCUGUGGCUUCCAGAGUUUCUGAGAACGGGUCUGAUGCUGGCGCUUAUUUGGAGAGCUUGGAUUAUUCGGCCACUCAGGGCAACAAGUCUCAUGAAGAAGAAGAGGUUAAGUUGGAGCAAUUUCUUAUGGGAAAUACCAAUGUAGACUCCCCAAAAACAGAUGCUGGUGGGGGAUAUUCUGCUGGAGAUAGGGUUCAGGAGAAUUUUGAUAAGGUUGCUGAAGAUGCAACCAACUGCAAGACUCUAAGCGAGGCAGCAGAUGUCAAUGGAAAAUCAAGGGUCGAUGAGGACGAUGAAUGCAAAAUGCCAACUUCUGAAAGCCAGAAGGCUUCUCCUAUUGAAAACGAAAAGGAUUUAGCCUUGGACAAAGUUAAUCUCAAUGAGCAAGUCUUCUAUCCCUUGUUGGAUAAAAAUAUUGAGGAAUAUCCUGAAGUCUAUCCUGCUGAUGAAUCAGGUAAAAAUGAUAAGAAGGUUGGACCUACAACAAUUCUGAUUGAUAAUGACCAUAAGGAAGAUCUAACUGGUGGAGAAGAAACAAGUGAUUUUGGGAAUGUAGUGGCUGAAACAGGGGAUGGUGAUGCUGCUAGUACGCUAAGUGUUGUUGCUGAUAUGCUUGGGGACUUGGCUUUAACGCCUGAAAAGAAGGUGGACCAUACAAAUUUGCAGCAGAAUUCUCAUCCUUCUUUAAAGCCACUUGAAUUGGCUGAAGAAAUUGAGAAGAAGCAAGCAUUUACGGGUUUGCACUAUGAAGAGGGUGCAGCUGCACAACCAAUGAGGCUUGAGGGUGUACCAAGGGGUUCUACUGUGUUAGGCUACUUCGAUGCCGAUCCCAAUAAUGCUAUCACCCAGACCAUCUCAUCGCAAGCUUUCCGUCGAGAGCAUGGGUCCCCUCAAGUUGUGGCUGUACAUUUAAACUAUAUCGCAAUUGGAAUGUCAAGAGGGUCGAUCUUUGUUCAGCCUAGCAAGUAUACUGCUCAUCAAGUUGACAUCAUGGAUGGAAAGAUGAUGUCACUUGGAUUACAAGGGGAUAGAACUCAUGUCCCUGUAACUUCCAUGUGCUUUAAUCAGCAAGGAGACCUACUCUUUGCAGGAUAUGGUGAUGGGCAUUACACUGUCUGGGAUGUUCAGAAGGCCUCAGCACUUAAAGUUAUCACUGAACAUAAAGCUCCAGUGGUUCACAUGUUAUAUCUGGGCCAAGAUACUCAGGUUACUCGACAGUUUAAUGUGGUUAGUGGCGACAGCAAGGGUGUGGUCAAGUUGAUUCGGUUUUCAGUGGUUCCAUGGCUCAAUAGGAUAUCCUAUACAAAAUCAAUGAAACUUUUAGAUGAAACUACUAGCCGAGUAGUAUGUGCAUCUCCAUUGCUCUAUGGUGAAGGUCAUGCAGGUGCAAUGAUUUCAUCACAGAGUAGCAGUGCCCUGACUACUACUAGUAUUAGUAGCAUGAUGGGAACCAUGGUUGAUGAAGGUGUUGUCAUAUUCAUUACCCAUCAAUCUGCUCUAGUGGCAAAAGUUAGUCCCACUGUAGAAGUGUAUGCUCACAUUCCCAGACCUGAUGGCGUGAGGGAGGGUGCCAUGCCGUAUGCGACAUGGAGAUGUAUGUCACAGUCACUUGGUUCUUCCUCUGAAAAUGCACUUGUUGAGACAUCAGAUAAAGUUUCACUGCUUGCCGUUGCUUGGGAUCGGGAAGUUCAGGUUGCUAAGCUUUUGAAGUCGGAGUUAAAAGUACUCGAGAAGUGGACUCUUGAAUAUGCUGCAAUUGGUCUGGCGUGGUUGGGAGAUGAGAUGUUGGCAGUCCUCACUUUGACAGCUCAACUUUAUUUGUUUGCAAAAGAUGGAAGUUUGAUUCAGCAAAUGAGCUUUUCUUUUGAUGGAUUUCGAGGGGAUGAUCUCAUUUCCUAUCACAUAUAUUUUACUAAUGCUUUUGGAAAUCCUGAGAAAGCUUAUCAUAACAGUGUUGCUGUUAGGGGUUCUACAAUAUACGUACUUGGACCAGACCAUCUUGUUGUUUCCCGCCUUCUUUCCUGGAAGGAACGGAUUGAAGUGCUGCGAAAAGCAGGUGACUGGAUGGGUGCCUUGAACAUGGCUAUGACACUUUAUGAUGGUGCGUCACCUGGUGUUAUAGACCUUCCCAAGAACUUGGAUGACAUACAAAGAAUUGUUAUGCCCUAUCUUGUGGAGUUGCUACAGUCAUAUGUUAGCGAAGUAUUUUCCUACAUAUCAGUUGCACGUAACAACCAAAACGGAGAGCUGGAUCAAUCCGAUGAGAAUAAGGAGCAAUACACCCGUGUUGGUGGUGUUGCAAUUGAAUUUUGUGUGCAUAUCAGGAGAACCGACAUCCUCUUUGAUGAUAUUCUGUCUAAAUUUGAUGAUGCUCACCAUAAAGAGACAUUCUUGGAGCUUUUGGAACCAUAUAUUUUGAAAGAUAUGUUGGGAUCUCUUCCACCUGCGAUCAUGCAAGCAUUGGUGGAGCAUUAUAGUAAGCGAGGUUGGUUGCAGCGAAUUGAACAGUGUGUCCUCCACAUGGACAUUUUGUCCUUGGAUUUUAAUCAGGUUGUUCGCUUAUGCAGGGAACACAGGUUGCAUUGCGCGCUGAUAUAUUUGUUUAACAAAGGCCUAGAUGAUUUUAGGACGCCUCUUGAGGAGCUCCUGGUUGUACUACGAAAUAGCAUAAGAGAAAAUGCUACUUGCCUUGGGUACCGGGUGCUCGUUUACCUCAAGUAUUGCUUCAAGGGUCUUGCUUUUCCUCCAGGACGAGGAAAUCUUUCUCCCGCACGGCUACCCUCUCUUAAAAAAGAGCUUUUGCAUUUUCUGUUAGAGGAUUCCAGUGCUCCAAAUUCAUGGGCCGUUACAAUAUUACCUCCAAAUCGAGCCUAUGCCAACCUGCUUCAUCUUUUAGAAUUGGAUACUGAAGCCACUCUGGAGGUCUUAAAAUGUGCUUUUACAGAUGUUGAACUUCCUAAAUCAACUCAUUCUUUCCAGGAAUCAACCAAUUUCAAUGUGGAGUCAGCUGAAAGUCAAAAAUUGGUUCAAAAAGUUGUGGAUAUUCUUUCUGAUAUUCUUGAUGCAAGUUACUUCCGAGCUGGCAGUCCAAUCUGCAGUAAUGAUAUUGAUUUGGUGGAACUUUGGCCUUCAAAGAAAGAUGUAGGUCACAUGUUUGAUUUUAUUGCUUACUAUAUAGCACAUGAACAAGCUAAAGUCCCUAGAGAUAUCCUAAGUCAAAUAUUGGAGUACUUGACAUCAGAGAUCAAUCUCUCAGAUACUGUGUCAGGGACGACAAUUGAAGUCUUCAAAAGGAGAGAGAGACAACUGUUGUCACUGCUACAAGUAGUGCCUGAAACUGACUGGGAUGCUCCUUAUUUAUUAUAUUUGUCUGAGAAGGCUCAGUUUCAUCAGGUUUGUGGCCACAUCCAUGCCAUCAGGCAUCAAUAUGUUGCUGCUUUGGACAGUUACAUGAAAGCAACUCAUGAGCCAAUAUAUGCAUUUUCAUUUAUUCAUGAUAUGCUAAGGCGACUUAGUAAUGGAGAAUUUGAUGCUUUUGAAUCUGCUGUUAUUUCUCGCAUUCCAGAUCUUUUUAAGCUGAGCAGAGAAGCAACUUACAUUCUAAUUAUUGACCAUUUUUCUGGGAGAACUCAAUAUAUUUUUUCCGAACUUCGCUCUCAACCAGAAAGCCUUUUCCUUUAUCUCAAGACAGUUAAUGAGGUUCAUACAACUGGCAACCUCAACCUCUCUUGUCUAGGAAAAGUUGAAGUUUUAGAUUUUCCUAGUGCAAGUAGAGCUCAGCAGCAUUCAACAGGUGUUCAAGCUUAUCUGGAAACAAUAUCCAGCUCCCUAAGACUUCUGCACAACAAUCAAGUUAACAUGACUGAUGAGAUGACAGAGCUGUAUUUUGAGCUGUUAUGUCGAUAUGACCGUGAUUCAGUUCUUAAAUUCUUGGAGACUUCUGAAAGCUAUAGAGUAGAACACUGUCUGCAUUUGUGCCAGGAAUAUGGAAUAGUCGAUGCUGCUUCAUUUUUGUUAGAAAGGGUUGGGGAUGUUGGAAGUGCUCUUCUUCUCAUUCUUUCUGAUGUUAAUGACAAAUUUGUCAUGCUUGAUGCGGAGAUUGAGAAAACAUUUUCUGAUACUGUAGUGAAUAAUCUCAAUGCUGUUCUGAAGAUAAAAGUGGUAGCUGAAAUUCUUGAUGUAGUGCAUGCUUGUAUUGGAUUAUGUCAGAGAAACAGUCCCCGUCUAAAACCUGAAGAGUCUGAGUACCUCUGGUUUCAGUUGCUUGAUUCGUUUUGUGAGCCUUUGAUGGAAUCAGGAAAUGCUAGAACAGAUUCUGAAAGUGAAGCACUCAAAGACAUUCUUGAUGGAUCAAUGGGUGAGUUGGAAUCUAAAGAAGGAUGCAAAUUUAAAUGGAAAGUCUCCAAGUGUCAUAAAGGUGCUGGCAUAAUGAGGAAACUGUUUGCCAUAUUCAUCAAAGAAAUUGUAGAGGGAAUGAUUGGAUAUGUGCGACUCCCAAGGAUCAUGUGGAAACUUCUUUCUGAUAAUGGCAAUCAUGAAUUCGGUGAUUUUAAACUUACAAUACUUGGGAUGCUUGGAACAUAUGAUUUUGAAAGAAGAAUUCUGGAUGCUGCAAAGAGUUUGAUUGAGGAUGACACAUAUUAUACGAUGAGUUUACUGAGGAAGGGGGCUUCACAUGGUUAUGCCCCUCGGAGCCUUGUCUGUUGUAUCUGUAACUCCUUCGUUACUAAAAAUUCCGCUGAUUCUAGCAUUCAAGUAUUCAGCUGUGGUCAUACAAUGCAUCUCCACUGUGAAGUCCAGGAAAAUGGGGCCUCAUUUAGGGGCACCGUUUCAGGAUGUCCUGUUUGUAUUCCUAGGAAGAAAGCUCAAAGAUCAAGCGGCAAAUCUACACUAACGGAGAAUGGACUAGUGAGUAGAUCUUCAUCAAGGACACAGCAGGCACGUGGCUCACCAGCUUUGCAUCCUCAUGAUCAUGAAAGUGCGGAUAACUCCUACAGUUUGCAUCCACCUUCAAGGUUCGAGCUCUUGCAUAAUCUUGAAAAGGAUCAGAAAUCAAUCCAAAUAGAGAACGUGCCACAACUGAGGCUUGCACCACCAGCUCUUUACCAUGAAAAAGUAAAGAAAGGAAUUGCUAUCUUAACUGGAGAAAGUACCAGCACUCUCAAAGCCAGGACUAGGCGACUGGGGGAUGUGAAAGUGAAAGGAUCAUUCCCCCUGAAAUCAAAUUUAUUCGGUAAGGGAAAGAUCAAUAGGAGGUAGCGGGAAACAUUCGUGUCGGUGACGUAUUGAUGAUGCAGCAACUCAUGGCUGAUAUUUGAUCGAGAGAUAUUUUCUGGAGAAUAAAGUUGCUGAUUAUUCUAUUUUGGUUUUGGUCCUCUUUUGACUGUAGAUUGUGUAGAUAACUGUUCUUACCUGUUGUUUGUAACUGUAUUAUGUGUACAUAACGCAUGAAUAAAUUAUUCAGGAAUACCAUUGGUGAUACUGCUCGUUCAGUAUACAGAAUUACCCUUUUAGAUAA